AGAAAGCCUCCUAACUAGAAGGACUUGAUAUUCAUUCAGCUUACUCAAGUGCUGCAAAACACUCACAGGGUCCGGCUGCUUCUCUAAAGGACAGAAAAAGGGAAAGAGACCUUCAUGGAUGAGCCCUUCUUCUUCCUCCUUCUUCUCUGAGCUAUGAGAAAUGGCCUCCUCCUCAGCCGACAGUGAGGUGAAGACCCUCCUCAACUUUGUCAACUUGGCCUCCAGUGACAUCAAAGCUGCCUUGGACAAGUCGGCUCCUUGCCGCCGCUCCGUCGACCACAGGAAAUACUUGCAGAAGCAGCUCAAACGCUUCUCCCAGAAAUAUGCCCGCUUGCCUCGGUGUCACCAUCACCAUCAUCCCCACCAUAUGCAGCAGCCAUCAUCUCUGAGGGAACGAAAGGCAGUACCUGAGGGGAAAGGCCGAGGCCUCAACAUCUCUGAGUCACCUGAGACCUCCAAGGGGUGGGUUGCUGUAGUUGCCACCGCCUCGACCUCCAUCUUGGCCCAAAGCGACAAAGCUUGCAAGGCUGACAAUGAGCGACAGCAACAACAGGCCACCUCGGAUGCGCUUGCUAGACCUGACCAAGUGCCCAUGAGGAAAAGACAGUUACCCGCUUCUUUUUGGGAAGAGCCCAGGCCUACUCAGGGUCCACUUAGCCUCUUCUCUUCAUCACCAUUAUCUUCCUCAAAGGACUUGUUGCCUCAUUAUGAAGGAAAGAAAAGCCACAAAGGCACUGAUGGAUUUGCUUCCUUGAAGGACUUGGUGCCUCUUUAUGAGGGAAAGAAAAGCCACAAAGGCCCCGACAGGUUCACUUCGUUGAAAGACUUGCCACCUCUUUACGGGGGAAAGAAACGCCACAAAGGCCCUGACGGAGGGACCUCCGAGAGGCCAGACGCAGAGACCCUUCAGGUGCUGAGCACCUGGGGUUGCUGGCCAUUUCAGUGCCAUGAACCACAAGCCUCCCCAAGCCUCUACCCACCACCGCUGCCUCUAACUGCUGCUUUUCCUUCCUCAGCAGCCCCUUUCCCAGCCUUGGGUUUGUGGAGGAAAAAUGGGGCUUCCUCAAUGGAAGGAGAAGCCUUCAGCAAACUGGGAGGAAUGGGGCAGAAAAUGUACCACCAGCCGGUAGUGUGGAAGCCCAUCCCCACCAAACCUGCAGCACCCCCAGCCACCCUCUUCAGUGUCUUCGGAUAUAUUUAGAGCAAGGCUGGUUUCCCACCAUUUUCCAGAGCUUCACCUCAUUUCGGGAAGGAGAGAGCCAAACAAAGGCAGCGACUCUCUCUAGCUUGGGGGCUUGACCCGUUUGUUGUUGAGAGGUACAGAUACUAUGGAAUUAAUGCAGUUUUUUACCAGGCUCAAUAUGUCUGGAGAAGGACAACCAAAAUGGUCUAAGUUACCCCAAUCUAGAUUGAGGGAAGUCAUAUACCCACUCUAUUCUGCUUUGGUCAGAUCUCACCUGGAAUAAUACUGUCUUUAGUUCUGGACACCACAAAUCAAGAAGGAUAUUGACAAGCUGGAAGGUGUCCAGAGAAGGGUGAACAAAAUGAUCAAAGAUUUGGGAGCAAAACUCUAAAAGGAACAGCUGAGGAAGCUGGGUAUGUUUAGCUUGGGGAAAAAAGGUAGAGAGGCGAUAUGAUAACUAUGUGUAAAUGUUUGAAAGGAUGUCACCUUGAGGAGAGAGCAAGCUUGUUUUCUACUGCUUUGGAAGCUAGGACACAGAACAAUGGAUUCAAAUUGCAGGAAAGGUUAAUCUACCUAAAUAUUAGGAAGAACUUCCUGGUGAUUAGAGCUAUUAGGCAGUAUAACAUGCUGCUUCAAAGUGUGGUCAAGUCCCCUUCUUUUGAGAUUUUUAAGCAGUUUGGAUUGCCAUCUGUCAAGGAGACUUUGAUUGUGUGUUCCUGUAUGGCAGAGAGUGGGAAUGGAUGGCCCUUGGGAUCCCUUCCAGCUCUAUGGUUCUAUGAUUCAAUGCUAUGGGUAAUGUUAGUUGUAAUUUGAGGGGCACCAGAGAAGAGGUUAAAGACCUUGUAAAACUACAACACCCAUGAUUUCAUACUAUUGAGCCCCGGCAGUUAAAGUGAUAUAACACUGCAUUCAUUCUACAGUGUAAAUGCCCCCUUGAGGGUUUGGUUUUUUUCCCCUCCCUGGGGUGAGUUCAGGAAAAAAAGAGGGAAGACACAUUCUUGGGAAGAUCUUCAAUUUCAACUAAGAAGCAGCCACAAAGCUCAAUUUGGGUCAGUCAUCUUCCUCUGGGGUGCAUCAUAACUGUGGAAUGAAUACAGUUUGACUCCACUUUAAUUGCAAUGGUUCAAUCCUUGGUAUUAAUGUGGUUUGUAGUUUGGUGAGGCAGAGAAAGCCAAAGACCUGACAAAACUACACCUCCCAGGAUUACAUAGUAUUGAGCCAUGGUAGGGUCAGGCUGCUUUCAUUCUACAGUAGAUGCAACUCACCAAUUUCACAUUGCUGUUGUGAUGGGAAAUGAGUGGAGAAUUGUAAUUUGAAGCAAUGUCUAUAUUUCCAUGUGCAGUUAGUCCUGCACAUUCACUGGAGUUAGGGCAAAGGAUGCUUAUGAAAGUGAAAAAACAAAAAACAAUGGGUUGCUGUGGUGAAUUACUUAGAUAGUGGAUUUAUUCCACGUCUUUUUAAAAGGUGCGGGAUGAACCCACUACUUCUGGUGUCUGGACACCAUUCCCACAGUUUACCGGCUAAAUAAGCUUGGUAAACUGUGGGCCCACUUCCCUCCCCCCAAGCCCCCAGACCCCUUUGAAAAAUUAAUGAAAACUUACCUAGCCUCCAUUAUAGGCUUCAAGAAGCUCUCCUGCCACGUAGAA